AUGAACAGAAAUGCGAGAGACACCUUACGGUACACUGAGAACAGUCUUGAUGAUCAAGAUGGGCUCAAUGAUUCCGGAAACACGGAUCUUCAACUGCAAGAAUCACACCCAAGCACAAUUCAGUACCUGGACUUGAUACAGGCUGACCUCUUCGAUGAUAUUGCGCCCUUCGACUUUAAUGACAUCACGACCUCCACGCCAGAUCAGCUUCUAGAUGAGCCAAACCCACUUUACCAUGGCCUCUUCCCGAUGGAUGCGACCAAUCUGAUCUCGCCAGCCCUUAAUCGUCUACUAAUACACUCUUCUAAUGCCAUGCUCAACAAGACUCCUGAGCUUGGAAAUUCGUCAAGCCUUGGGAUUGAGGGGAAUGCAAAUGCGCAAUGGCCUCUCACUCCAGUUCUUGGUGAAUGGUUUUCUGCAGAACCGACGGUGGUCCUAUCGAGGGAGUGCGAAACUGUAGCUUUAGCUGCAUCAGGAGAUGUGACAAGCAGCGCUCCUGUAACUGGGCAUUCCGCAAGGCGUCGACCGCGAUCGCCGUCUCCCGACGAUAUAGAGAAAAAGAUGGCCUCAUCUAUGUUCUGUUUCAGGGUGGAGGUUCCCGAGAGCAGCUCAUCACGGCCAGCUAAGAAAAUGAGGAAGCCGAAUGAUGAUCAAAGGAGAAAAGAGAUUGCCCAAGUUCGCAAGAAAGGAGCAUGCCUUCGAUGCCGCCUCCAGAGCCUCAAGUGUGAUAAAGAAACUCCUUGUUCUGACUGUGUCCGAGUCAGUGGCGAGGUUCACUUGUGCAAAGCAAUUUGCGAAAGGUUCAAUCUUCGUGAAUCCAUUGCUUUCAGAAUCGGUAACUCGAAGUUCAAUCAAGAGACAGCAACCGUUCGCCCGUAUCCCAACUGGACUCCUUCCUCGGCUCCUCGAGUCAUGACCCUCAUGCGACCAGGGCAGGUAUCAUCGAAUUGGCCUAAGGGCGACGGGGUUCCAACGCUACAGGUUCUAGUAAGGGAGUUUAUUCCUAGCUCCGCAGAUAUCACAGCGGAGCGGUGGCGGUCUGCCACCACUGCUGCUCUGCUCGACUGGGUUGACAAUAACUUUGAGUAUUAUGCUCGAGAUAUGACGUCUCAAACCGGGGACUUUUUGAUUGGGGUCACCUUCGACGAAGCACUUCGAUAUGUUUCCAAGAACCCGAACAGCAUGGUCAAGUCGGCUCUGCAGCUUUGGGUCGGAGCCCGCAUGGCCCAGGAAUUCUUCUGCAUUGUCGAAAACAAUGAUUUCAACAUCGACGUUGUUGACGACGCAAAUUCGAUUCAUCAUGGCCAAUGCCCUAUACCUCCCGUUCUUGACCAUCAGUUGGACGUGCUCAUGAUCCAGGAGAUGAUUCGCAUCAAGGAUCAGAUCAUGUCCGAAAUAGAAAGGAUUCUGAAGGGUCGCCACAGCCGUAGCAAGUGGUUUGAAGUUUACCUAACCAUUUUUGUGUUACUUACUAAUCUUCAAUUCAUGCAGAGAUAUGUCUUCUCCGCCCAGAACCUUGUGUCUCACUUUAGAUACGGCCUCAAGGGCCCUGUUCCCUUCACGCUCGAUUGGGACAAAGAGAAUGUCAAGAAGCUUGGAGAACUAGACAAGGACGGCGUGAAGUAUGUCAAGUACGUGUCUGCCAUUGUUCAGAGAAGAAUGGAUGAAUUUCGCGAAAAUGCUGAGCGUGUCAAGAGAAAUGAAUUCAAGGGUGAUAUGUUUUGGCUCUCGCAGCUCUUUGUAGAUCCGAAUGCGGAAGACUAA